AUGGACCAGAAACCAGCCUCCAAAUACCAUGGCAAGCUGGCCUCUCAUCGGAAUGGACAGCAAAUUUUGAUCGAGGUAAAAUACUACCGUAUCCCCAAUUUACAGAACACCUUUUAGGUCGAAGGGAACGAAAAUAAGAGUGCUUUCGAGUUGACCUCGGAGCUCGUAGAUCGAGCCGACCGAGUGCAUGGGCAUGAAAUGCUGAAACGUCGGCUUGGAGAGUAUCAUCGGAAUCUGCCGCUGGCUGCCGGAGAAAUGCCAUUCCCGGCGAUUUGCCAGGCCAUCCAAGUGGUUGUGGGGCAAUGCGAGCGGGAAAAGGUAUUUUGCAAUCAUGGAGGGCCAAAAAUUUUUGACAUGUUUUUGCACCGUGCGGGCGGAUGAAUUCGGUGUUGCGACAAGUUGUCGCGCGAUAAAAAUUCGGUGGGGUGCGAAAGAAGAACGCACUGUGCGUUGUUUACCCUGUUCAAAACAAUCUUUUUGCACCGUGCGGGCGGAUGAAUUCGGUGGUGCGACAAGUUGUCGCGCGAUAAAAAUUCUGUGGGGUGCAAAAGAAGAACGCACUGUGCGUUGUUUACCCUGUUCAAAACAACCUUUUUGCACUGUGCGGGCGGAUGAAUUCGGUGGUGCGACAAGUUGUCGCGCGAUAAAAAUUCUGUGGGGUGCGAAAGAAGAACGCACUGUGCGUUGUUUACCCUGUUCAAAACAACCUUUUUGCACCGUGCGGGCGGAUGAAUUCAGUGGUGCGACAAGUUGUCGCGCGAUAAAAAUUCUGUGGGGUGCGAAAGAAGAGCGCACUGUGCGUUGUUUACCCUGUUCAAAACAAUCUUUUUGCACUGUGCGUUGCAAAAAGCAGGGCACCGUAAAUUUUUCUUGUCGCCGCGCGACAAAUUGACAAAUUUCUUGCACUGUGCAGACAUGUCAAGACUUUUUGGCCCGCCUGUAUUUUUCAGACCAUCCAAGUCUUUUGCUUCAUGAAUUGAAAAAUGUUUGGCAACUUUUAUAUUAAUCAUGACAAAUUUCAGAGUCAUUGGAGAGAAACGCAGGUUCUGGCGGACAGUUUUCAACGCUUUCUUCGUAUUCUCUCCCGUUGA